AGGUAACCGGUCAAACAAAACUAGCAGUUGCGUUCAAAACCCUACAAACAGUGAAACGAAGCCAAAACUGCAGACGCAUCAAUUUUCAAAAUUCCAACUUUGGCGCUCUUGGCACUGCCCAUUUCGUCUCCGAAACCAGAUCUCCACUUUCCUUCUUCCAUUUCUCUGAGAUGGGUGGCGCUAAUAGCCGUGAAAAUCUGGAGAUUUCGGACUCAGAUGAAGAAUACGAUGAAGAACAAAGUCAAGAAGAAGAAGAAGAUGAAGAGACAUACCAUGAAGCGAAAGAUGCGACCCCUGACAGAUUCUCUUCCGGAAGAAAACCUAAAUCUCCUUCGUCGCUCGACGAGGUGGAAGCCAAACUCAAAGCUCUGAAGCUGAAAUACCCAUCGUCAUCAUCUCAACUGCAGCCGCAAAACCCAAAUCUAAAAAAUGCCGUCAAGCUCUACCUGCACAUCGGUGGCAAUACCCCCAAGGCGAAGUGGAUCACCUCUGAGAAGCGAACCUGUUACUUCUUCAUCAAGUCCUCCAAACUGGAAGGUGAUGGUAACGAAAACAAGGAUGAAGAUGAGGAAGAAAGUGAAGGCGAAGGUGAUUCCUGGUGGGUCUUGAAGGUUGGUGCCAAAGUUCGAGUAAUGGUUGGGUCAGAGAUGCAAUUAAAGACUUUUGGGGACCAGCUUCGUGUUGAUUUUGUUGCUAGGGGUGUUUGGGCUAUGAAGUUCUUUAGUAGUGAGGAUUAUAGGGAUUUUGUCACUAAGUACCAGGACUGUUUGUUUGAGAAUACUUAUGGGUACGAGGCAACAGAGGCAAACAGAAUUAAGGUUUAUGGGAAGGAUUUUAUGGGGUGGGUGAAGCCUGAGAUAGCAGAUGAUUCUAUGUGGGAGGAUGCGGAGGAUGGCAUAUUGAAGAGCCCUGAACCCGCAACGCCAUUGAGGGAAAAUCAAGAUUUGAGGGAGGAGUUUGAGGAGGCGGCAAAUGGAGGAAUACAGAGCUUGGCAUUGGGUGCAUUGGAUAACAGUUUUUUGGUGGGUGACACUGGCAUUCAGGUUGUGAAGAAUUUUAGCCAUGGGAUUCAUGGAAAGGGUGUUUUUGUGAAUUACGACAAUGGGAGUUAUCGAAGUGGAUCGAGUUUGGCACGCUCAGUGCAGAAGAAGGCCCUUCUUUUGCGAGCUGAGACUAAUAUGGUGCUGAUGAGUCCAAUGAAGGAAGGGAAGCCUCAUUCGACAGGGUUACAUCAGUUUGAUAUUGAGACUGGUAAAAUUGUUACUGAGUGGAAGUUUGAAAAGGAUGGAACUGACAUUACAAUGAGGGAUAUUAGCAAUGAUAGCAAGGGAGCUCAGUUAGAUCCAUCAGGAUCAACUUUUUUGGGAUUGGAUGAUAAUAGGCUUUGUAGGUGGGAUAUGCGUGACCGCAAUGGAAUGGUACAGAAUCUUGCAACUGCUAGUGCCUCUGUUCUCAAUUGGACUCAAGGGCACCAGUUCUCCAGAGGGACAAACUUUCAGUGUUUUGCAACCACUGGAGAUGGCUCAAUUGUUGUUGGGUCUCUUGAUGGGAAGAUUAGACUGUAUUCAAGCAGUUCUAUGAGGCAGGCCAAAACAGCUUUCCCAGGUCUUGGGUCACCUGUAACCCAUGUUGAUGUUACCUUUGAUGGGAAGUGGAUAUUGGGCACCACUGAUACAUAUAUGAUCCUCAUCUGCACUUUCUUCACCGACAAAGACGGUAGGACAAAAACUGGCUUCAGUGGUCGUAUGGGGAAUAGGAUUGCAGCUCCAAGAUUGUUGAAGCUGACUCCUUUGGAUGCACAUUUAGCUGGAAGUGACAGUAAGUUCCGUAAUGCUCAGUUUUCAUGGGUUACCGAAGAAGGGAAGCAGGAGCGCCAUUUGGUUGCAACUGUGGGCAAGUUUAGUGUGAUAUGGAACUUCCAGCAGGUGAAGAAUGGUACUCAUGAGUGCUAUCGCAACCAGGAGGGCUUAAAAAGCUGCUACUGCUACAAGAUAGUGCUCAAGGAUGAUUCCAUUGUCGAUAGUCGUUUCAUGCAUGAAAAGUUUGCAGUCACAGAUUCACCUGAAGCUCCACUAGUGAUUGCAACUCCAAUGAAAGUCAGCUCCUUCAGCAUAUCCAGCAGGCGAUGACAAGCUCAACAUUGCCUUGAUCACACAUUCAAUGCUACUGAAUGUAGUUUAAGGACCUUUUUAGCUAAAUUCUUGUUGUUUUUUAGAUUGUUGUAGAUCUAGGUUACUUUGGAAAUUUGAACCGUCAUGACAGAAACUGUCUAAAUUCUUGUUAAGAGAAAUUUUUAUUACUUGAUAACUCUCUUUUACUACCUGUGAUGAAGCAGAGUUGAUUUCUUAA